CAAAGUCCUGCUGCAGACAGGGCUGGAGGUAACAGGCUGAACCUGGAGCCGAUGGUGUAAGACCCGAGGAGCGGAGACACCGAGACGGUUUUGUCGUCAGUGUCUGUUUCAAGAUGUCGUUUCUGUUGAUGGUUCAGUGGAGAGGCAGGGGGGCGGUUUCACUCUAAAAGACAAGACGGUCAAAUAAAUCCACGCGUCAACAGGGAUCCCUGUGGAAGGAAGGGGAUUUGCUGAAGAUCAGUGUGGCUGCACUGAAGACAGGCUUUCCUUGAGUCUCAGGACUUCAGAUUCUUGAUGAAAUCUCUCUGUAGUGUCUCAUUAUCACGGUGACUGGGUGCCACAGCUUGCUUUGCCUUCUCAGUCUAAUUGAGUUUGUCACAAAUUCACUGAGCGUCACUUUCCAUAAAUACACCCUCUUAAUCACAAGCUAUUGCAAAGGCUGGAGGGGAUUAGGGGAUGGAUGAUCUGCCCCUGCCCUGCUUUUCAAACACACAAAUAAGAGGCCAUUCAGGGAGAAGGAAAUUCAACACGCAAAACAAUUCAAUAAAGUCUGUUUCAGUAUUUUCAAUCCUAAAAAGAAAUUCCCGAGUGGACAUCACUGAAAACAAGACACUGAGCUGUAUAUUUAAUAAAAAUAUAAUGACCCUAACUGUAAUUGAGAUGCAGCUUCAACGCUAAUCUCUACCAAAGCACUUCGCUCCUAACCUGAGCUGCCAUCGCUGCCUCUCCGCUGCACAGCUGCUCUUCAGCUCAAUGAUAAGAAGCUUUUCUUUGGAUCGUAUGGCCUGUGGUUCACAUCCAGUCCUCGCCUCUCCAUUCAACUCAAUGGGCUGAGAUGCCGAUUACAGCAGCUCCCAGUGUCAGUAUCAUUGGCUCAUCAGCAGCGAGGAGGAGAUCCAUUACAUUAGCAAUCCCAUGUGCUCCUGCAUUCGUGAAACAGCCUCAGGCACAAAAGUAAAUGCUGUUUUUUAAUGGCAAAGGUGUGAUCACGCAUUAGGGCUUGGAACCAGCUUGAAGAAGCUCCACUCUAUUGGUCACUUAAACUCCUGCUCCCUGCCUCCUAACCACUUCCUGUGCUGUGGGUCAGCCUCACUGCCAUGUCCACGUCCUGCUGUCCAGCAGCCGUGCCGAAACUGCCCUACAGCCAGGAAAUGCAGCUUGUAAAUAUUACAGACUACAUGUCAGGGAAGCCACUGCGUAACACAUGGGUCAGCAUUGUGUGCCGAGGUGUGUUUGCUGUGCGCCCGUACUGUUCUCCUCAGAAAGCCCUCAGGAGUGAAGCAGGACCGGCUGACCUGGUUGAACUGCGCUUGUGUAAACUGUGGCCUGUGUUGACAAUGCUGGCUUCAGCUGUUGCUAAGCAACCAAAACCACCAGCAUUCCUUGACUUAGGGAGUGUGAAGAAACAGUGCUGGAGAACAAUGACUGCUACUGCGUUUAUGAGAUGGCAGAUUCCGGAACGGUACCUGAAGCUUCCAGAACUCGCUGCUGCUUCGCAGGUACCGCCCCCUUCCUCCUGUGGUUCUAGAGCCCCUCCUACAACAGCACAAGCUCCUCCCACUGGCCUUGAUGGAAUUCUAUCUCCUCCUCUAUCAGUGCAGGCCCCUCCCCUUCCUCCAGUGCAGAGCACAAAUGGACUAUUCCCAGCCAUCCAUGAGAGCCAACGAGGGCCAAAGACUGUACCAUCCACAGUACAGAGAGGGGGGCUGACCGGACUUCAUAAAGACAGUCGCUCUGCUUCUAAGGAUGGAGGAAGUCUGGUCAAACCAGGAACAGCUGUAGAUACAGCGCCCUCUGUGGCUGAUAAAGAGAACAGAAGAGGGGCCGAGGGCUCACAGCAGAAUCUGACGGAGUGGCUAUGGGGGGCUACAGGAGAAGAUCACAGAGCUGCCAUGGAGGACGGACAGACAGAUGGGCGUUUGAAGGACAGACAGACUGCAGGCAGAGGGGUGCACUGGGGGCCGCACCCUGCCUCAGGACUAUGUUUUAACCAACAGAUCCCCCGGCUCUGUCCAGAGGCUGCUCCCGGACCCUCUGAAGAGUGCGGCCCCCUGGUUCUCCCACCUGCGACUACUGACCCCCAACACCAGAGCCCAGCGCCACCUUUACCAGACCUGGCACAGCCUGCCUGAGCGGCACUGCGGAGACCCAGGGAACCAGGGCUCCAUGUUCACUGUGCUGCACCGGAGCCAGGCUGCCAGCUUCACCAUCCACCCCGAG